CACUGGACUCGAACCCGUUUCUUCAACUCUCUCUCUCUCUCUCUCUCUCUCUCUGUGUGUGUAAUGGCAAACCCAUGGUUUCGCGGCCUCCGUAGGAUUCCUCUCUCUUCCCUUCGAAACCUCUCUUCCUCCGAUCCUCUCACUUCCAGGUUAAUUCCAAUUAAACCAGACCCAAUUCCCACUCACACGACUCCAUCACUCCCAUCAAAAAAAUGGGUUUUACCCAGAAAUUUCAGUCACGGUUCGGUGCACCUCGUGAUAUCCGAAGGAAAACCCAAGUUCGAGACGCGCGAGACCGAGCCCCCUACGAAAGAGAAGUGGAAGACGAAGAAGAGGUUUAAGCAGCAGAGGAAGAGAGACAAGGACAAGAGGAAAUCGGCUAACAAGAGAGACCCAAGAUUUAUUGGGGUUAAAGGGAAGAAAAAGAAGCAGAAGUUUGCCAAUGCGGCUGAUCGGAUCAAUGACAAGCUUGAAAAGGCAAAAGUCAAGGAAGCCAUGCUUAUUGAAAGACUUAAGCGGUAUGAAGUUGCUAAAGCCCAGGGUCCUGUGGUUGAGCCACAUGACCUGACUGGUGAGGAACGGUUCUAUUUCAAAAAGAUGGCUCAGAAAAGGUCUAACUAUGCUCCAGUUGGGAGAAGAGGAAUCUUUGGUGGUGUUAUUCUUAAUAUGCACAUGCAUUGGAAGAAACACGAGACUGUUAAGGUUAUCUGCAAGCCUUGUAAACCUGGUCAAGUACAAGAGUAUGCAGACGAAAUUGCCAGGUUGAGUGGUGGAAUUCCAAUACAGAUAAUUGGAGAUAACACCAUAAUCUUUUAUCGAGGGAAAAAUUAUGUCCAGCCAGUAGUUAUGUCGCCGAUUGAUACCUUGUCCAAGAAAAAGGCACUGGAGAAAUCAAAGUAUGAGCAGUCGCUUGAAUCCGUGAGGCAUUUCAUUGCCAUUGCUGAGAAAGAACUAGAAUUAUAUUACAGACACGUUGCGCUUUAUGGUGACCCAAAUAAUCGGGGUCCCAACUCAAUUGUUGAUAGUCCAAGAAAACUUGCCCAGGGGCUUAAGAAAGUCGAACUGGAAGCAGAAACGAGCCAUGACUCGUAUAGCAGAAGUGAGAAUUCUCUAGCAAUUUCAGAGGCAAAAGUUGAUUCCACAGAUGAGGAAACUUCAGAAACUGAAGAUGAAGAUCCGUCAGUAUGUGAAAUCGAUGUCAAUGAUGACAACUUAUCUGGUAAUGAUUCGGAAGUUUGUGAUGGGGGAGAAGAGAGCUCAAUCAAAAUGUUGAGAACACCGUCAAGUUUUAGAAGUGAAAUGGGAUCCUAAUAAUCAAGAAUUGUGAAGUGGGAAUGUAAACAGGGAAUUGUGAUUUUUAUUUGCACGAAAUUUGCAUUUCA